GGGGCGUACUGGUUGGCCGCUUAGCACAAAAUCAGCCCCCCGGACGUCGACAGUGCUCAGUCGCGGUGCGUCGAUUCGUCGAUCAGAACGUGCAGCAGCGUGCAUCGGGUGCAACAAGUAGUGGCAAAAGACUAAGGCAAUCGACAUAUAAUAAGUGUAGGGGUCAUGGCGAACGGUUACAUCACAACCAUUGCAAAAAAGUAUCCCUCGUUCCGCGACGAACGGCUCAAGACGACGGAUCUUUGGCUGGAUGGAAAGAGGGCGGACGAUGGCGCCGAGGGGCUGUGGCGCAUACACGACACACUGUACGAUCUGUCGGACUUCAUCGAGCGUCAUCCGGGCGGCGCCGAGUGGAUCCGGCUAACAAAGGGAACGGACAUUACCGAGUCCUUCGAAACGCACCACAUUAAUACGCGGGCCGAGGGCAUGCUGGCAAAGUACAAGGUGCGCGAGGCCACCGCACCAAGGGCGGUGCAGUUGACGUUUCACGACGAUGGCUUUUAUCGGACACUCAAGCGGCGGGUUCGGGACAAGCUGAAGGAUAUCGACUACGCGCCUGUGAAGCAGUCGAAGCUGAUCAUCGACUCGAUGCUGGCCGCUGCGUUCGGCCUAGCCUUUCUUGCCAUUCGCCUCCACAGCUACGUAAUUGGUGCGUUUUCAGGGUUAUUUGUGUGCUGGACAAUGAUUGCGGCUCACAACUUUUUCCACCAGCGAGACAACUGGAGGAUGAUGACGUUCAACCUGGCCUUUUCCAGCUACCGCAAAUGGAGAGUGUCGCACGCCAUGUCUCACCACAACUUCCCAAACUCAAUUUUGGACCUUGAGAUUACCUACUUCGAACCGUACCUCAGUUGGUUGCCGAAUCCUGCGACGAAGAAUGCCUUCCUACGGUACGGCUCAUGGGCGUACGGGCCGCUGGUGUAUUCCGUUUUGCUUUACGCAGAAUUUUUCAAACGCAUCGCCGAGAGUGUGAAACUGGGAAAAAACACGUUUCAUUUGGAUGACUUAGUCACAUUCAUUCUGCCAACGUUUAUGUAUGUCGUCGGCACUACCGGGCUCUGGGAGGUGGUCAAGAUGUGGCUGUUCGUCGUGUUGGUGGCAAGUUUCUCGUUCGGUUUAAUCGGCUUGAACGCUGCCCAUCACCACCCAAAGGCGGUUCACGAUGGCGAUAGAAUACCGGAAAAUAUUGAUUACGCGGUUUACCAACUGGCUGCUGUUAUCGACCGGUCGGAUACGAAGGGCUCGCUGUUCAUGGUAUUGACGACCUUUGGAGAUCACUGUUUGCAUCAUCUGUUCCCUACGCUCGAUCACGGUAUUCUGCCACAGCUGUAUCCGGUGUUUUUUGAAACGUGUCAGGAAUUCGAGACCGUGUAUCGUGAGAUGCCGUGGCUCCAGCACAUCAUCGGCCAGCACAAACAGCUGGCGCGUAUCGAAACGAUGACGUACAACCCGUCGGAGAAGUUCCACUAAGUCCUGUACGCAACGCCAACGUUAGACCAAAGAGCAAGAUCCGGUUAAAAUGCAAAACAAAAGCUGACUGGCAAAAAAUAUUGGAACCAAACCAUUGAAUUAGUGAUUAUCUAGAGAACAAGAGCGGUAUAAAGUGGGUUUUU